AUGGCUCUGGCUAAAUUCGCGGCCCUUCUCCGUUCUUGGGCCUUCCUUGGGCACAUACUCCUUUUGGCGGUUGCCUUUGCUGCGGGAUCUAUUGGGUCACAGUCACCGCUUGUCGGACAGUCCAAGGCAUUGGAUCCCAAACUCACAAACACUAUUGCAAAGGAUGUAAUAACUCUGUACUACAAUGGCACUGGUCCUGUUCCGGACAGGGACCAGAAGCCGCCCGACCCAGAGUCUAUCACUCCGCUUGCACAGUCGCUGAUUGAGGAUUCCCUGGUGAACGAGCUGGUCUCGAUCGCGACCACGGGAGCAUACGCAGACGACUGUUCCAAAUGCAUCGCGGCCACGCAGAUUCUGCAUGUGGCAGCCAUCAGCCAUCCGGUCUCACUUAUGACAAAUGUGUUGAUUCGAACAUGCAAUGCAUUGCCUUUCGUUCAAGACAAGAUGCGGGCAUCUUCCUGCGAGUCAGAGUUCGGUGGCGUUGCCUCAUUCGGCCCCUAUAUCGCCCAGCUGUUGUCGAAGAUGAGCAUGGCGACCGGAGACAUGUACAGCCUGUGCUCGUUACAUUUUGAUUACUGCCCAGAAGAGGCUCCGAUACUUAUCGACGAGAGUCUGUUCUUCGAUCCAAAACCAGAAUCGGCCGAGAUCGCGCCGGAGCCGUCAGGCGAGACCUUCAAUGUGCUCCAUCUGUCGGACUGGCAUCUUGACCCGCGAUAUGACAUUGCGUCGGAGGGGAAUUGCUCAGAGUAUCUCUGCUGUCGUACAUCAUCCCGCAACGACGAGCUUUUCACGGAUUCUCACAAUGCCUCGGUGCCAGCUUCGCGGUUUGGGUCAUACUUGUGCGACGCGCCUGCUGACUUGGCUCUCUCUGCCCUCAAGGAUAUGCCAGAGUUUUUCGAUCUGGAAGACAUUGCAUUCAGCAUAUUCACCGGCGAUGUCGUCUCUCAUGAUCCCGAAGACGAACUAUCUCACGCCUACGUCUCGUAUGAAGAGGAAGUCGCCUACCGGGUCUUCAAGAAAAUGCUCGGCGAUGAUAUGCCUAUUUAUCCAGUGCUGGGCAAUCACGAGACCCUCCCUGUUGGCUUCAAUACACCUCACAGCAUGAACCCAGACCCACACAAUACUAGCAGCAACAUUCUGCAAUGGAAUUAUGACCUCGUGUCGUCACUGUGGUCUAAACACUCCUGGCUGAAUGACACCGAGGCAGACUUUGCUCGGACUCAUUAUGGCGCCUACGCCACGACCACAGCACAAGGUCUGCGGAUCAUUGCGCUCAAUUCUGAUUUCUGGUAUAGAGACAACAUCUUUGCAUUUUUCAACGUGACCAACCCCGAUCCUAGCGGCAUUCUCAAGUGGCUUGCCGACGAGCUUUCGGCGUGCGAGAAGCGUGGGCAGCGGGCGUGGAUCAUAGCUCAUGUCCUGACAGGAUAUGACGGCAACGCCCCUAUUCCAACCCCUACUGCCCUUUUCUACUCGAUCGUCCGACGAUUCUCUCCGGCCACUAUCGCCGUGAUAUUCCUUGGACACACCCAUCAGGAUCAACUGGAGAUCUUUUACGACUAUUUGCCUGAGUCACUUAAGAGGCCAAGCAGCGAUAUGAGAACUCAUGGUCAUCAUCUCCGCGACACGAUGGAGGUAGAUUUCACCAAGCCAUUGCAGGUCGCGUACAUCGGACCGAGCAUCACGCCGCUCACCGGUCUCAACUCGGGGUACCGAGUGUAUCAGAUUGACAGCAAGACGUUUUCUGUGAUGGGCGCUCAAACUUACUUUGCCAACAUCUCCAACAGUCUUCACUGGACUAAGCCUGAGUGGGAGUUCGAGUACGACACUCGUGAGGCAUAUUCUGUCAAGCCUCAUUCAAAGCACGGUAGCACAGAAGAAGAUGACGACAGUACCAACGCUGAAGUGGAAGUGUCCAAAAAGAAAAAGCAAAAGCCUGGCGUGCCCUGGCCGUCAAACGCUCCUCUGAAUGCCACCUUCUGGCACCUCGUGACCGAGAAGAUGCUCAAGGAUAGUGGUAUCGAUGCGAUGUCGAUGUCGCCUGGCAGCAAAAAGUCUGGCAAAUCGUCACCCCUUCUCGACUUGUACAAUACCUAUGAGUCCAAGUCCAGUACUUCCCCAUUCAGACGUGGAGCUGGGGCCAUUUCUCCCGAGCAAAAGGUCUGCUACAUGCGUGCAGGAAGCGGAGGUUUGGGCAGCCGGUGCAAGGAGAAGUAUGGUGAUAGUCGGGGCGUGAGGGAGAAAGUAUUUGGUAUUGUGUGA